UUCAAUAUGAACUAUAAUAUGAAUGCUUGGGUGAAGACUGUGCCUGAGCUACAUGGUAUGCUCAAAACGGCCGAGAUGAACAUUCUACAUAAAACCAACCAAGUUUUGAUGGUCAAGUCUGGUGGUGUUAAGAAGCCCAACAACAAGAAAAGGGCUCAUAACAGCAAAGGCAAGAAAAUGGCUGUUGUUGCUGCCAAAUCUACAACCAACAACAAGCAGGUUGCUAAACCACCCCCUCCCCAGGAGCGUCAGUGCUUUGAAUGCAACCAAAUGGGGCACUGGAAAAGGAACUGCCCACAGUAUCUAGCCAAGCUGAAGGCGAACAAGGCCAAUAACAUUGGCACUUCUUCAGGAGCCUGAAAAGUGGAGGAAGCUGAAACAAGGCGACAUGGAACUCAUCGUUGGUGAUGGGAAAAGAGUGCCCGUUCUUGCAACCGGCACAUUUCAUUUUUCAUGUCCUUCUGGCCUUGUAGUUAAUUUAAACAAUUGUUUGUUUGCACCUGGUAUAACCAGAAACAUUA